AUGGUUGCAUAUGGCAUUGAACUAGCUAUUGGACAUGUUGGUGAUAGUAGAGCCAUUUUAUGUCGUGAAGGACUAGCUCUACGACUGAGUGAGGACCAUGUUCCUGAGAAUGAUAGAGAGAAAGAUCGAGUCCAUCAAUGGGAUGGCAUCAUCAGCCACAAUAGUCAAGGAGUGUGGCAAGUCAAUGGGAGGUUAUCCAUGACGAGAAGUCUGAGCGACAUUGAAUUAAAGAAAUAUGGAAUGACUGCAUACCCUUACCUAACAACCAAAACUCUGAAGCAUGGUAAAGUUGCCUUUCUAGUCCUGACGACUGAUGGUGUAAACUUUGUAUUGAACGAUCAGGAACUUGUUGAUAUUAUAUGUUGCUGUUCAACUCCUCAAGAAGCAGCAUCAUUCGUCACCGAUAAGGCGUUACAUUUUGGUUCGGAGGAUAAUUCUACCGCCAUAGUUAUCCCCCUUGGUGCAUGGGGAAAAAUAUAGAACAACACUUCGAGCUAUUUUUAUACAGUUUUGGGAGAAAUUUAGUGCGAGGACGAUAUUCGUAGUUUGUGAUGAUCUGAAAAACUCUUUGUGUUAUUCCAUACAGCUUUGGGAAAAGCUUAGUGUGAGGAAAAUAGUCAUAACUUGUGAAGAAAAUUAAAUAGAAAUAAUUGAUCCUCUCUGCUGCUUUAUCGAACAAUUUAAAAGGGCAUUAUGUUUUAAAGUCUAGGUGGUUGUCAUUAUGUCUGUUUGUCCAUCUUUGAUUAGGUUAAAUUUUUAAUUUAGGAUAGUUAACCAUGAAGGUCACAGCAAUUUGAUACUCAGAAUGACAUGUGUAUUAUGUGAAUUUUCAAAAAUAUAUGCAGAAUUAGGGUUUUGAUCCUGAUUUCACAGUUCACUGAACGUGGAAAUUUGACAUUGGUGCCUGGUGCCCAUGGACAUAUGAUCUUGUUGGUUGUUGGUGCAUAAUUUUGUGAUGUUUAUAUAUUUUUGAUUUGUUUCAAUAGAGAAAUAUCUGACAUUUUACUUAUUUGUUUGUAUGAGCAAAAGCCGUUCUUUUUCAAUUAGAAACCCCAUAUA